AUGCGGCUGACAAAUAUCUUCCGCUUCUGCCUGUUUCAGCUCGUGACAGCAUCCAGCCCAAGCACCGCUGCGGCGCCUUAUCGGUGCUGCAAUGGCGCUUUGCCACACGUGCUGCACACUGAAAACCCAGCGCAAAGUGACGCAUCCUCCGCCUCUAUUUCCAAGGCAGAAUGCUUCGCCAUCGCCUUGGCAAUCAAGGACCGGGAACGGACGGGGCCGUCGUACAACACCAUCAUCUCGGACUCUCAGGAGCUCGUGACAGCAUCCAGCCCAAGCACCGCUGCGGCGCCUUAUCGGUGCUGCAAUGGCGCUUUGCCACACGUGUUGCACACUGAAAACCCAGCGCCAAGUGACGCAUCCUCCGCCGAUCCACGAGUUGCCACGCCAGCGCCAGUUCCUGUGACUCUUCCUGGACGGUCUACUGCAUCACCAUCGACAUCAACGCCCCCGCUCUACUUAAACUACUGGCACCGUCCACAGCAGUUCAGUGGGCAUGGGAACAACGCUACAAUGCGGCUGACAAAUAUCUUCCGCUCCUGCCUGUUUCAGCUCGUGACAGCAUCCAGCCCAAGCACCGCUGCGGCGCCUUAUCGGUGCUGCAAUGGCGCUUUGCCACACGUGUUGCACACUGAAAACCCAGCGCCAAGUGACGCAUCCUCCGCCGAGCCACGAGUUGCCACGCCAGCGCCAGUUCCUCUCGUGACAGCAUCCAGCCCAAGCACCGCUGCGGCGCCUUAUCGGUGCUGCAAUGGCGCUUUGCCACACGUGUUGCCCACUGAAAACCCAGCGCCAAGUGACGCAUCCUCCGCCGAGCCACGAGUUGCCACGCCAGCGCCAGUUCCUAUGACUCUCCCUGGACGGUCUACUGCAUCACCAUCGACAUCAACGCCCCCGCUCUACUUAAACUACUGGCACCGUCCACAGCAGUUCAGUGGGCAUGGGAACAACGCUACAAUGCGGCUGACAAAUAUCUUCCGCUCCUGCCUGUUUCAGCUCGUGACAGCAUCCAGCCCAAGCACCGCUGCGGCGCCUUAUCGGUGCUGCAAUGGCGCUUUGCCACACGUGUUGCACACUGAAAACCCAGCGCCAAGUGACGCAUCCUCCGCCGAGCCACGAGUUGCCACGCCAGCGCCAGUUCCUCUCGUGACAGCAUCCAGCCCAAGCACCGCUGCGGCGCCUUAUCGGUGCUGCAAUGGCGCUUUGCCACACGUGUUGCACACUGAAAACCCAGCGCCAAGUGACGCAUCCUCCACCGAGCCACGAGUUGCCACGCCAGCGCCAGUUCCUGUGACUCUUCCUGGACGGUCUACUGCAUCACCAUCGACAUCAACGCCCCCGCUCUACUUAAACUACUGGCACCGUCCACAGCAGUUCAGUGGGCAUGGGAACAACGCUACAAUGCGGCUGACAAAUAUCUUCCGCUCCUGCCUGUUUCAGCUCGUGACAGCAUCCAGCCCAAGCACCGCUGCGGCGCCUUAUCGGUGCUGCAAUGGCGCUUUGCCACACGUGUUGCACACUGAAAACCCAGCGCCAAGUGACGCAUCCUCCGCCGAUCCACGAGUUGCCACGCCAGCGCCAGUUCCUGUGACUCUUCCUGGACGGUCUACUGCAUCACCAUCGACAUCAACGCCCCCGCUCUACUUAAACUACUGGCACCGUCCACAGCAGUUCAGUGGGCAUGGGAACAACGCUACAAUGCGGCUGACAAAUAUCUUCCGCUCCUGCCUGUUUCAGCUCGUGACAGCAUCCAGCCCAAGCACCGCUGCGGCGCCUUAUCGGUGCUGCAAUGGCGCUUUGCCACACGUGUUGCACACUGAAAACCCAGCGCCAAGUGACGCAUCCUCCGCCGAGCCACGAGUUGCCACGCCAGCGCCAGUUCCUGUGACUCUUCCUGGACGGACUACUGCAUCACCAUCGACAUCAACGCCCCCGCUCUACUUAAACUACUGGCACCGUCCACAGCAGUUCAGUGGGCAUGGGAACAACGCUACAAUGCGGCUGACAAAUAUCUUCCGCUCCUGCCUGUUUCAGCUCGUGACAGCAUCCAGCCCAAGCACCGCUGCGGCGCCUUAUCGGUGCUGCAAUGGCGCUUUGCCACACGUGUUGCACACUGAAAACCCAGCGCCAAGUGACGCAUCCUCCGCCGAGCCACGAGUUGCCACGCCAGCGCCAGUUCCUGUGACUCUUCCUGGACGGUCUACUGCAUCACCAUCGACAUCAACGCCCCCGCUCUACUUAAACUACUGGCACCGUCCACAGCAGUUCAGUGGGCAUGGGAACAACGCUACAAUGCGGCUGACAAAUAUCUUCCGCUCCUGCCUGUUUCAGCUCGUGACAGCAUCCAGCCCAAGCACCGCUGCGGCGCCUUAUCGGUGCUGCAAUGGCGCUUUGCCACACGUGUUGCACACUGAAAACCCAGCGCCAAGUGACGCAUCCUCCGCCGAGCCACGAGUUGCCACGCCAGCGCCAGUUCCUGUGACUCUCCCUGGACGGUCUACUGCAUCACCAUCGACAUCAACGCCCCCGCUCUAUUUAAACUACUGGCACCGUCCGCAGCAGUUCAGUUUGUUACACAUCUUCUAA